UAGGGAAUCUAUACUAUGCCAUGGGCAGUGCAUCAAAGAAAUUGUUGAAUUGAAUGGUUGAUUCUUUUUGGGUGUGUAUGAGAGCUCUUUAUAUAUGGUUGUGUGGAGCACUCUCUUGAGAUAUCCAGAAAUCACACAAACAUCUAUAUAUCCUUCACCACAAAAAUUGUUUGUUUUUAAUUUUUUGUAAUUUUUGGUAGUCUCUCAGCUUAGCACACACACCAGCUGGAAUAAUGGCUUCCAGGAGGAUUCUCAAGGAGCUUAGAGAUCUGCAAAGAGACCCUCCUACAUCAUGCAGUGCAGGACCAGUGGCUCAAGAUAUGUUUCAUUGGCAAGCAACCAUUAUUGGUCCAAAUGACAGUCCCUAUUCUGGUGGUGUUUUCCAAGUCACCAUUCAUUUCCCCCCUGAUUACCCCUUCAAACCUCCCAAGGUUGCCUUUAGGACCAAAGUUUUUCAUCCAAAUAUAAACAAUAAUGGAAACAUCUGCUUGGAUAUCCUAAAGGAUCAAUGGAGCCCAGCACUCACCAUAUCAAAGGUUUUGCUUUCAAUAUGUUCACUGCUAACAGAUCCAAAUCCAGAUGAUCCAUUGGUUCCAGAAAUAGCUCACAUGUACAAGACUGACAGAUCCAAGUAUGAAACCAUGGCUCGUAGCUGGACUCAAAAGUACGCCAUGAAUUGAUCUAUCUGAGUAUCAUCCUAAGCAGAUUAAGAAAAACGAGAGAAUCAAUCUCAAACAUGUUAAGUAGAAAUUGGUUCUUAAUUUUCAUGGUUUGUGUCGUCGAAUAAUGACUUGUGGAUGAGUCAACACCUGAAUCACUGGACAAUUCUACUACUACUAUUAGUGUAAUACAUAUUUUUUCAGCACAUUAAAUCAUAUCCUCUCAUCAUUA